AUGUCUUAUAUGUUGAAACUAGACCUUAGAUACUCACCAGUUGGAGAGAGACUAAGUCUUUUUGGACUUCUUCCCGAGUCGCCAGCGGCCACUCGAACGCCCACGAGUCACGAGGCUCUUUUAUCUCACCCGCGUGCGACUCGCUACGUCGCAGAAUUCAUGCUUCAGACAGGUCUUCUAGGGCAAUUCCGCCACUGUGACGUGGAGCCAGAGCCCGUGGAAGACGACGAAACAACUGGCCAGAAUUGA